GCUGUGCUGAUGUGCGCAAAGUGAAAGAGGCUACAUGAUGCUACCUGUCCCUGCUGCUGGAGUUGUUUUCAUAUUAGCUUGGAUUUAUCCAAGUUAUGCACUCUACUUCCACAUAGGAGAAACGGAGAAGAAAUGUUUCAUUGAGGAGAUACCAGACGAGACCAUGGUUAUAGGAAAGUACAGGACUCAGCUGUGGGACAAACAGACCAAUUCCUUCCUUCCAUCCACCCCCGGCCUGGGGAUGCAUGUGGAGAUCAAGGACCCAGAUACAAAGAUUAUUCUAUCUCGUCAAUAUGGGUCAGACGGACGGUUCACCUUCACCUCCCACACUCCUGGAGAACAUCAGAUCUGUCUGCACUCCAACUCCACCAAGAUGGCUCUGUUUGCAGGAGGGAAACUGAGGGUUCAUCUGGAUAUUCAGGUCGGAGAACAUACCAACAAUUACCCUGAAAUUGCAGCUAAGGACAAACUCACUGAGCUGCAGCUGCGAGUAAGACAACUUCUAGACCAGGUGGAACAGAUCCAGAAGGAGCAAAACUACCAGAGGUAUCGCGAGGAACGGUUUCGCAUGACGAGCGAGAGCACCAACCAACGCGUCCUGUGGUGGUCCAUCGCUCAGACGCUCAUCCUCAUCGUCACCGGCAUUUGGCAGAUGAAGCACCUCAAAAGCUUCUUCGAGGCCAAGAAGUUGGUGUAAAACGUGAGCGACGAGGAAGACGACGGACACGUGAAAAAGACAGACUUGACUUACCGGAACGGAGAGAGAGAGAGAGAGAGAGAGAGACGGCCAACCCGACAAGUGCAGAAGACUCCAGGAGACAUGCGGUCUUUAUAUCAGCCAUAAAAAUAGUUAAGAGGAGAUUCACAAGAGAAAUGGUUAUCAAUCCUGGGCAAUGUGUUUUUUCUUCCUAACAUUUUUUUUAAAGCUACAAUUUUAUUAUUUUUUUCCGUUAGCAAAAAAACGCCGUAGCACAACAUUCCACUUGCCUUUUCUCGUUUCGUCGGUUGUGUUUUCGUGAUAACACUGGACAGCUUUCCAUAUCUUUCUAGUAAGCGGAAAAAGACAAACGUUACUGAAGCGACGUGGUGUUUUUUUGGGGUCGUAGAGGAAUGAAUGACCACUACAGUAGAUAGUGUAAGAACCUUAAAAGCUGUUACAAGAAAUAACGGAGGCGGUACCCGAUUUUUACGUUAUUUUUUUUGUCGUUGUGUUGCACAUAGUUUUAUUUCCAUUACCGUUAUUGCGGAUCGGUACAUUCUAACCACAGGCUUUCCACAGUGCUGUGUAUAAUAAGUGGUCACACUUAUGCAAAUAUACUGGCAUUGAUUUAUUAGAUAUGGAAACGCUUUAUUUGAAGCCUCUAUUUCACAUUUAUAAAGCAUGUAUAAACGCUUAUUAAUGCUUUAUAACACAUUGAUGUUGUACACAGGUAUAAGGACAUUUUAACUGAUUAUCUUCAAUGAUAAUUAUUGUAAUAUUUAAUUACAUGUUAAUUUACCUCAAAAAUAGGAGUUUGACAAAAAAAAAAAAAAAAAAAUUUGCUCACUAGUCUUAUCCUGGAGCUUUCAGCCACAGUAAAUAUAAUACAUACAACUAUAAUAAGUGUCAUUCAUAAGUAGUUUAUAUGAUUACAAAUGUUGUCAAUCAUUCAUCAGGUGUUAGGUAGUUUACAGCCGAUUACACCCACAUAAACCAUAUAUUAAGUGUUUAUACACUGGUUAUAAAUGUGAAUUAUGUGGGUUAAAAUAAAGCGUUGCCAUCCAUCCUUCUACCAGACUGUACAUAGUUUCUAUCUAGAGUCCAGUUUUCUGCACAUUGUACCAGAAUAGAUCUGUAGAUACGGUUUGUAAUACUCAUCUAUUAAUAACAGGAUUCUUUCUGGUAAAUAACAGCUGACGGACUGUCCUGUUCAUUUUCUAAUGCCUUUUACAAUUUAAAUGAUAUACAGCUGUUCUGUUGUUGUUUUGUUUCAUCACAGCUUAUUUAUUGAGCAGUCGUGGCUUGUGUUUUAUCGCUGAGCUAAAACUGUAAUUUGAUACGUUAUUUUGGGAUUUCUAUUUAUCCAUCUCCUUUUUAAUACAAAUUCUGUUAACUUUACAUUAAUAAUGAGGAAGAAUUUAACAUCGUCACAAAAAAGAAUAAAGUGAGUCCAGCUCUUCAGAUGCACUCAGUUCUUUUUAAAAGUUAAAUCAUCACUCCGAAAAUGUUCCCGUUUUUAAACUGUGGUUUUGAUGUCACUUCCAUGUGCUUAAUAAAGAGACUUUGGCCAAAUGA